AUGGCCGACAACACUGACAAGUCGCUCAACGGCGCUGGCACCACGGCACCCGCCCAACCUGACACCAAUCCCCUCAACCCGUCCGAGCCUUUGAAGCGCCCUGCACCCAGCGAUUCGACCGAACCCGCCAACCCGCAAAGCGAGAUUCUGCCUUUUGACUCGGCUGUUACACGCGCCGAGAAGGUGGAGCGCCAUGGCGAUGAGCAACCCUCUAAGAGAGUCAAGCUGGAACAGGACCCCGUCUUGGGUGCCAUGGACCCUGCUCCGAGAACAAAGGGUGUAGCACCCAUCAAGAAAGAGUACCUUAUUCACAACUCCAACUCGGCAUCAAGACCGGAACAAGUCUCAGAAGAGAACCCGGACGAUGCGGCCGAAGGAAGCAAGCACGAAUCACAACAGCAAAGCAAGGACAAGAAGCAAAAGAAUCGCGGCCAGAACAAGGCUAGAACCUUUGGCAGCUCGCGUGAUACUCUUCAGCUGUGCAAGACUCGCGUCCGCAACAACGAGUUCUCGCCUCUUGAGUGUCCCUUCGGCGACAAGUGCAGAAUGGAGCACAAUCUGCGCAAGUACCUGAGCGAAGGCAAGCGUGAAGACUUGACUACCUUCAACUCAAAGUGCCCCAUCUUCGAGGUCAAGGGCAAGUGUAAUGCUGGCUGGAAGUGUCGCUUUGCUGGCUCUCACUCGACUGAAAGAGAAUCUGCCGACGGGCGCAAGGAGUUGGUGUUGCUGGACAACGACAAAGCCACGGGUGAUGAUGCUCAAGCAGAGGAGGAGGAAGGUCUGGGAGUCGUCAACAUUGUCUCUAUGGGAGCAAAGAUUGAUCUCAGGAAGAAGAAGACUGGAAUGCCCAAGUCCGAGGCCUACGUCACCUGGCUCGACAAGCGUCAGACCGAGAUGAACAAGUACUUCGGAAAUAAGGCCGAGGAAGCACAAGCAGCAGAUGCUGAGAAGAUGUCGCUCGAGGAUCGUCGUGCUCAAUUCACCGAGUGCCCUGUCCGUGCUUCAGAAAAGCGCAGAAUCUACUACGGCCCGGAGACACCGGUUUUGGCUCCCCUGACCACACAAGGAAACCUCCCCUUCAGACGUUUGUGUGUCGGUCUCGGUGCUCAAGUCACAUGGUCCGAGAUGGCCAUGGGCCUGCCACUGAUUCAAGGCGAGAAGGGCGAGUGGGCUUUGACCAAGGCCCACGAGUCUGAAACCACUCCUCCCAAGUACACCCCCAAGUCCAUUGUUGCAGGCUAUGAUAACUCCAAGGAUCUGAAGUUUGGUGUUCAGAUUGCAGGAAACAAGCCAUGGAACGUUCUGAAGACGACCGAGAUCCUCACUGCUCUCUGCCCCAGCAUUCGCGCAAUUGAUUUGAACUGUGGCUGUCCUAUUGACCUCGUUUACCGUCAAGGUGCCGGCUCUGCUCUUAUGGACUCACCCGGCAAGCUUGAGAAGAUCCUCCGCGGUAUGAACGCCGUCUCUGGAGAAACUCCUAUUACUGUCAAGAUCCGUAUGGGUACCAAGGACAACCACCCCACCGCUGACAAGCUCGUCCAGCGUCUUGUUCUUGGAGGAGAAGAAGCCGUUGUGACCGGUGAUGGCCCCUGUGGUGUCGCUGCCAUUACUCUCCACGGCCGUAGCCGUCAGCAAAGAUACACUCGUCAAGCCAACUGGGAGUACAUUGCCGAGUGCUCGGCUUUGGUCAACAGACUCAAGCAAAAGCAAGCAGAAGUCACAGAUACAAUUAGAGAGGCAGAUGCUCGCGACAUGACCGCUUCCAACAACGGUACCCCCUACUUCUGCGGCAACGGCGACGUCUACUCCCACGUCGACUAUUUCGACGCCGUCAACAACGCCAAUGUCGACUCAGCCAUGAUCGGUCGCGGUGCUCUGAUCAAGCCCUGGAUCUUCGAGGAAAUCCAAACUGGUCAAUACCUCGACAAGAGCGCGACCGAGAGACUACAAUACAUUGAGCAAUUCACACGCUUCGGUCUGGAGAACUGGGGAUCCGACGAGAUUGGUGUUGGCGUGACCCGUCGUUUCCUGCUCGAGUGGCUGAGCUUCAGUUGCAGAUAUGUGCCUCUGGGCCUGCUCGAGCACUUGCCACCCCACAUGAACGACAGACCUCCUGCUUUCCGUGGUAGAAACGAGCUCGAGACUCUUCUCAGCAGUCCUAACUACAAGGACUGGAUCAAGAUUAGUGAAAUGUUUUUGGGACCCGCUCACAAGGACUUCAACUUCCAGCCCAAGCAUAAGAGCAACAGUUACGAGAUUGAGGCUGAGGGUUAA